AUGAACACCUUCCCUUCCUUCUCCUCACCACCCUCCAAUACACCAACCAUCCAGUCGGUGUGCAAACCCUGCCUCCGGGCCCCGUGGAGAAUGAGCGAUGGGCCCACGCUGGACUACGAGUUGCUGCUGUCCCCAGCCGGCUCUUCCCUCCCCGGCGGCGGCGGAGUCGGCAGCAGCAGUAGCCCGCCGCUGGCCAUGGUCGGGGUGGACGCCGAGCAGCGCACCGCUCUGGCCUUCGUGGGCCUCCUCAUGCUCUUCCUGGUCUUCCUGCUGGUCAGGUGCUUCAGGAUCCUGCUGGACCCCUACAGUCGCAUGCCCGCAUCAUCCUGGACUGACCACAAGGAGGGGCUGGAAAGGGGUCAGUUUGAUUAUGCGUUGGUGUAG